UAAUGAGGAAUGUCAGUACUUGGGUUAUGCAGGAAUAAUUGCUUCAAACUGUGUAAUUGUCGUUGAAAAUAUUAUGACCAUCUGUGUCGUUAUACAGUCACGUCGCAUAGCUGUUUAACUUCCAUAGUAGUGUGGUCAUAUCACGGGCUAAAAUGUCGGCAUCGGAAGGAACCAAAAACACGAAUACGGAACCAUGGGGAGGUUUUGAUGACAACCUUAUGAUUCAGGGCAGUGGCUCAGCAGUUAUAGACAUGGAGAACAUGGAUGACACCUCUGGCUCCAGCUUUGAGGACAUGGGGGAGAUGCACCAACGUAUGAAAGAAGAAGAGGAGGUGACAGAGGAGGCCGCAGCUACUGAGGAUGAAACUGGGGAAGAUGGAGAGUUUCUUGGCAUGAAGGGCCUCAAAGGACAGUUGGGAAGACAGGUUGCUGAUGAGGUUUGGAAAGCAGGCAAGCGACAGGCCUCAAAGGCGUUUAAUCUCUAUGCUAAUAUUGAUAUCCUCCGACCAUACUUUGACGUUGAGCCUAUUCAAGUAAGAAACAGAUUAAUUGAAUCCAUGAUUCCACUUCGAAUUAUCAAUUUUCCACAGAAAAUCGCUGGGGAGCUGUAUGGACCAAUGAUGUUGGUGUUCACCAUGGUUGCCAUCCUGCUGCAUGGCAUGAAGACUUCUGGAACUGUUAUUAGAGAGGGCACACUGAUGGGCACUGCCAUUGGAACAUGCUUCGGCUACUGGCUGGGAUCGUCCUCCUUUAUCUACUUCUUGGCUUACCUUUGCAAUUCUCAAAUCACCAUGCUCCAGAUGCUCUCUUUAUUAGGCUAUGGUCUCUUUGGCCACUGUGUGGUCCUUUUGAUUACCUACAAUGUCCACUUCCACUCCCUAUUCUACAUUUUGUGGCUGGUGAUUGGAGGACUUUCUACACUUCGAAUGGUGGCUGUGUUACUUUCGCGUACAGUGGGUAAAACUCCCCGUCUCAUUUUGUGUGGUACACUGGUUGCACUUCACAUGCUUUUCCUGCUCUACCUUCACUUUGCCUAUCACAAGAUUGUAGAAGGUAUCCUGGAUACCCUGGAAGGACCCAACAUUCCUCCAAUGCAGAGAGUGGCAAGAGAUGUUCCUAAUGUGGCUGCUGCUGUUGUAAAUGCCACUGUAAAAUCUGUGGCUGCACUUGUAUACUCACAGUGAUCACAUGUCUAGUACUGAUACGCUACUUUGGUUUGGGGGGCUUUUUUGGGGGUGCACUGAGGAAAAGAGGAUUAACAAAUGAGGUUAACAUUUGGCACCCCAGCCACUCAUUAGUCCAAUGCUGUAUGUCUCCUAUGGUAAGGGAAAGAAAUUCUGUCGUAGUGGCAUAAUUGUGAUUUCACCUUGUUUGUUUGGGACAUAAAGCAGUUUCACCAAACCACUCUCAUCACUACACGUGUCUUAACCUAACUUUUUUUCUUAAGCUUAUCUGUUUUUGCAAAUCCAGCCAGCAGCAGGCAGAUUUCUCCAAGUUACCGUCACUGACAUUGGCCAUUAGUUAUUAAUACGGUAUGCCUCCACUAAACACAUAACCCGAUAAAGUGCUCCAAGGUUUUCAUCUGCUGUUCUAAUAAUGUAGCACCACACAUGCAGAGCUCGUGAAGGGCUUUAUUGCAAAGGCGUUUUAUUCUUAUUUAAGUUUAUUUGGAUAGAAAAUACAAUCUCAUGUCUGGUGGUGGGGAUAUAUUGCUAAUAUUGUGCAGAAUAUGCUUGGAGUGCUAAAAUAUGCAAGUUAAAAGCUACUCUCACAAAUAUGCACAUUUAUAUUAAAAUGUACCAGGCUUACGUUUGACUCUAUAUGGCCUGUAGUACGUAAACAUUUACUCGUAGUUAAAAUUAUAAUUUGAAGGCACCCCUAUAAAGACGUCUAUAAAGACAUGGUUUGAUGAGUUUGGUUUGUAGGAACUUCAGCCCGUUGAACACCUUUGGGAUCAACUCAAACAUCAACUGGGAGGCUGGCCUUCUAAUUCAACAUAAGGCUGACCUCACGACUCCCACGUCUUGAACAGGGGCAUUUACAUAUUAAUGCCCAUGGUUUUGUAAUGGUCAGAUAUCCACAUGUUUAGCCAUACAGUGCAUUUACAUGCUUGCACUUGUAACUGCAUCUCCUAGUCAUUCUGUCUGAACAUCCUAAAGAUUUGUGUAGUUCAUGAAAUCAGUUUGAGGGUUUUACCUGUACACUACAAAGAUGCGGUCAUUCAGACAUGCCAAAAUUUUGGGUGGCAAUUUGGAAAUUAUUAACGUUUAUACUAGAAUUUGAAGAUUUGUUUCCUACUUCAAAUGUCCAAAGACAGUAAAGGACCUGACCAUCCCCUUGAAAUGGAAAUGGGCAUCAGCUAAAUGGUUUAAUGGUCCAUUCAGACCAAACCAGACUACAGUAAUACAUGAAUAAUUUGUGGAUCUGUAUUUGAAACUGUUCUUAUUUGUGUCCCAAAUAAAAAUCUUAAAUACAUUGAAAAUAUAAAAUCCAGGGGCUAGUAGCACAGAUUGGCCUACAUUUUGUUUUAGUUGUUUCUUAUAUAAAGCAAAAGCUAUGUUUCUAAUUAAUAGUACUUUUGGUCUCAAAUAGUUGAGCAAUGCAUUCAUUCAGAAAUGUAAUUAUCUGUUGUUAAUGAACAUUUUUUAUAAUGUUUAAAAAGCUUUGUUUUACCUAUUAUGGGUCAUUGGUUGGAUAUGCUUGCUCACUAUUUUGUCCUUUUUAUGUGAACUUUCUAUUUAUAGGAUUACUGUACAAAGAAAAUGUCAUAUAUAAAAUAUUGUAUUAAACAUCGUUUACUUGACUUACA